AUGGCUUCCACUCUUCUCUCACAAGUAGGUGAACUCCUCACGGUCGACAUCGACUGUAUGGAUCCCGAGGUCGCCAAAAGACACACAGCAUCAACAGUGACUCCUUUCUUCUGCGAUAUGACCUCAAAUCAGGCUAUUGUUGGCGGCGAGGCGAGGCGUCCGGAGCAGGCUGCUUUGUUACGCUUGGCUAUUGACCAAGUCAAAGAAAAGCACAAUCCAGACUCGGAUUCAUUUGCACAGGACGUGAUCGAUAUCUUUACCGUCCUUCUGGCAAAGCAGGUUUACCCGUAUCUCCGGGGAAAUGUGCAUGCCCAAACCUCUCCUCCAGCCGCGUUUGAUAUUCAAAAAACUGUUGUUCAUGCUCGAAAAUUGGUGGGACUGUUUGAGGCAAAUGGCAUCCCCAAAUCUCGUGUUUGCAUAAAAAUUCCUACUACGGCGGAAGGCAUGGUGGCUUGUGCUCAGCUGAAAACCGAGGGCAUUCAAACACUUGCGACGUGUUUGUUCAACGUUCCUCAAGCCUUAGCAGCUCAUCAAGCCAAGUGUGUAUAUGUCGCGCCGUAUUUCAAUGAGCUUCGUGUGCACUUUGAACCCACUAUCUGGCGCGAAUACGCUGCCCCAGGCAAGGAGCAUCCCAUGUCGCAGGUGAUUUUCGAUGUGAAGGCAAUUUACGGGAAGGUCGGGUCAAAAACAAAGGUCAUGCCUGCUAGCAUCGUCACGCCAAGAGAAGUCAUCGGCCUGGUAUCCCUCAAACCAGAUCACCUCACAAUCUCUGGCGGAAUCCUUGACAAGCUCGCUGCUUUACCACAAGUAGCGCCUCAGGAUUUCGACAGUGGCUUGAAGAUUACGGAAUUCGCAGAAGAAAUAUUGUCUGCAGAUUACCUGGCUUCGGAUGGUAUCCUACUGAAAGAGGCUUUGGAAAAAGAUGUCGAGUCAACAAGGAAGCUGAAUGACGCGUUAAAGUUGUUUGAUGAGGCUGAAAAGAAAACAAAGGAGUAUAUCCAUGAAAUUGCUAUGAAAGAGCACUAA